AUGGACGACCCUCGAGAUACCACGGCGUCAACCACGCCUCAGCCCGAUAUGACGCGCAAUCGAUUGCCGACCCUGUUCGAGGUGCUGAGCCGUCGCACGCUGCCGCCGGUCGAUUUGUUUUCGUUCUACAUCUAUAUGCGAGACCAGCAGCGAUCUGUUGACUAUCUUGACUUUUGGUUGGAUGUGGCGCAACACAUGUCCCUUUGUCGCCAUUAUGUGCGCGAGCUUCGACGAUCUGUUCUCAUAGCGACACCGGACCUGGAAAAGGGAUCUAAGCGAUCAUCUCAGAUACUGGAGCUUGGCGACAUGGACUCACGUGCGGCUGGACCAUCGAUGUAUGCGACAGAGAAGGAGAGGGACCAGGACGCGCAGAUGUCGGCCUUCUUGCGUGAAGACGUAAGCCAUGAUUCGCCUCAGACGCAAAGCGCCUCGAAUCAAACCAAGCCGAGCCCUCCAUUUAGCCUAUCUCGUGACCCAACGGACUCAAACUCCCCAGCGCAUACGGUUGCCCGGGCUGAUAUCAGGGCGUCUGCAGAGAAGAUUCUCUACACUUUCCUGAUGCCUGGAGCUGAGAGAGAAAUCACGCUGCCUGGAUCCAUCACCCAGGACGUCACGGCUUCUAUCGAAGAAUAUGGUCGAGAUGACCCCGAGGUCUUCGAUGUGGCUAAGGACUACGUAUUCCAGGCGAUGGAGCGAGACGCAUUCCCAGGCUUCUUGCGCAUGAAGGCCCUGGGUAACCUUAUUCCACCGACGCUUGUGAUGCGUCUCAUUGUUGGACUUGUUUCCAUGUUUGGAGCUUUCUGGGCCUCUUUCAUCCUCAUCUUCCUUGACAAGUCUAGAGCAACUCGAUGCUGGCUGAUCCUACCUUUCACCAUUGGCGUUUACUUCCUUGCCUCAUACCAAUAUUCCCUUGACCCCAUCUUGGCGCUCAUUGGAUUCAGCGAGUACACACCGUUCAACUUCUCUCGCAUUCGAGAACCCUACGUCCGUCGCCUCCUGGCGAAGCGAGCAGUUAUGGUGUUGGCUGUGACCCUCCUCAUUGACGCGGGACUGUGUGUCCUGUUCAUUCUUGUUCCGGGCAAGAGGCUUUGA